AUGAACAUUUUAUGGUCAAUUUACCCUGAGGUAAGCUUAAUAUUUUACUGUGUAUUGUAUUGUAACUGUUACUUUAAUUUAUAUAAAUGUUUUAAAGAAAACUUAAGCCCCAUUGAGGUUCAAUCUUUAAAAAAAUUGAAUUGAAAGAACCAAUCUUCAAAUAGGUCAAAUUGAUUUUUAGUUCUGGAUACGAAUGAUCAAGUACACAACAAAUGUGGAAGAUCGCUGUAGCUUUGCCCAGAUAAACAAGUACUGUUACGAACUGACAGUACGUGCUACGAAAAUAAGCUUUCAAAGCUUGUGCUACAGACAUAUGAUUUGUCGUUACAAAGGAGAGACUUGGGCCGAGGCUUUCUCUGAGUAAGUUACAAUGCUUUAGGCAUACAUCUUUAUCAAGUUGCAAUGCUUUAGGUACACAUCUUUAAGUUUUUAUUAGAUAAGUUGGGUAGAUUAUACAAAAUAAAACACAACUGGUGAAGCUACAGUAAGUUUAAAGAAAUUUAGGCUUGUGUCAUGACUAUAGCAGUGGUGGGCUACGGUAUGAACAGGACAGUUUAAGAUAAAGCUUCAGUAUGACUAGGGUACUUCAAAGCAAAACUACAAUAGAGUUAAGGCGAAGCCUAAGUUGACGGCUAAAGCUAAGGGUAUGGCUAAGGCUAAUGCUAAGGGUAAGGCUAAUGUAAGGCUAAGUCGAAAGGUAAGACUAAAAAUAACGCUAGAGUUAGAGCUAGAGCAGACAUUCGGAAGGGGCCAAGCCGGACUAAACUCAAAUUUAGGUCGGACCGGGCCUUGAUUUCCAGGUCCAAAAGCCCGGCCCUUUUGCACGGAAAAACAUUCAGGCCGGACCCUGGACUAAAAUUAAGAUCAGCCCAAUCUUCACGUUCAGCUAGAACUAGGGCUAAUUUGUACUAAUACUCAUUUUUCAGCGCACCAAACCGCCCAAUAGAGUCAACAUUCAAAAAGGAAUUUGGAUUUUGGCUUUAUAACGAUCCCAUUCGUUGCUGUCCUUACACUGGGAUGAUGGCACGCAGAUCGUGCGGCAAAAAAGUUCGUUUGAUGAAUAUUGACUUUGGGUUGAAAAUGGACAAAAUUUUGAAUUUUGAAUAUAUUAAAGGUGAUCAUCUCUUUAAAGUGCAUUUUAUCAACAAGUCAAAACAACUGCUACUAGACAUGUUUAAAACCUUUGUCGUGUACGACAUAGCAAAGAAAAAGGUGGUCAAAACUUACCCAGCGCUUCAACACCAACGAGACACUAAUUUCACGUUGUGGUACUCCGAGAGUCGAACGUUGGUAGAUGUGUGUAAUCAAAAAGAGUACAAAUUUAAAGUGAAUGUAUUAGGCUUUUGCAAUGAAAUAUACAACGCGGUUUCCUAUGGCUACCGAAAAUACGUUGGUUUCGUGAAUACACAACAAGAGUUUGUUGUGAUCAAUAACACUACAGGACAACGGCAAACUGUAUUUCCUCUGCUCGAUGACGCGUGGGACGCCAUAAUUGCAAUUGCAGACGACUCGGACCUGGUUGUCCAUAAACGCGGUUUGUAA